UGCUCGGAAUUAACCAUAAUAUUUUAAGUACUCAAUUAACAAAAUUUUGAAUUUUUCAUUAUCAUUAGAAUAUAGAUAAUGAUUAGAUAUACUUUGAUAAAACCCGUACCUCUUAUAAGACGAUAUUUGAUUUAAAUCGAAUUUUUUUUAUAAAGGGUAGCAUAUUGUGAUAUUUCUUUUCAGUUGGUAUACCGAUAAACGAUGUUAGAUAGUAAUAACAUCAAGGAAUUAUUUGGAGAUCCUAAAUAUUACUAUCAACCGAUAAAAGAAAUUGAAGAGAAAUGGAAACUCGUUCCAGCAUUUCUGAAAGUGAGAGGUCUUGUUAAACAGCACAUAGAUUCAUUUAAUUAUUUUAUCAAUGUUGAAAUAAAAAAGAUUGUGGAAGCAAACAAUACUGUCACCUGUGAUGCAGAUCCACUGUUUUACAUUAAGUAUACAAAUGUCCAUGUUGGAAGGCCUGAUGUAGAUGAGGGAUUUAACAUAAGCAAGUCCACAACUCCCCAUGAAUGUAGAUUAAGAGACAUGACCUACUCUGCUCCAAUUACUGUAGAUAUUGAAUAUAGUAGAGGGUCCCAAAGGGUUGCAAAAACUGGACUCCUAAUUGGAAGAAUGCCCAUAAUGCUUAGAUCAUCAAACUGUGUACUAAGUAAUAAAUCAGAGUAUGAGUUGGCAAAAAUGAAUGAAUGUCCAUUGGAUCCAGGAGGUUAUUUUGUGGUGAAGGGCCAGGAAAAAGUUAUAUUGAUACAAGAACAGUUAUCAAAAAACAGAAUGAUUGUAGAAGAUGCCAAAUAUGGAGUUCAGUGCCAGGUAACCAGUUCAACCCAUGAGAAGAAAUCUAGAACAAUAGUAUUCAUAAAAGGAAAUAAGUAUUUCAUGGGCCACAAUUUAUUUACAGAUGCUAUUCCUGUUUCAAUUGUGUUUAAAGCAAUGAAUGUCAUAAGUGAUAAAGAAAUAUGUGAAUUGAUAGGUGUCUCUGACAUACAUAAACUGACUCCCACACUAGAAGAGUGUCAUAAACUAAAAAUAUAUACUCAGGAAGCUGCCCUCAAAUAUCUGGGAAGUAAAAUUAUAUCAAAACGCUAUGCAAUAGCGGCUUCUAAAGUCAAAACGCCCACAGAUGAGGCUCGUGACUUGUUAGCGACAACAAUUUUGGCGCAUGUUCCCGUAGAUGAGUUUAAUUUCAGAUUAAAGGCCAUUUACUUGGGUUUGAUGGUGAAAAGAGUAAUUCAAGGGCAAACAGAUAAAAAAUUUUUGGAUGACAGAGAUUACUAUGGCAACAAAAGGAUGGAAUUAGCUGGAUCAUUAAUCUCCUUAAUGUUUGAGGAUGUUUUCAAAAGGUUCAAUUUUGAUUUGAAAGCAAUUGCCGAGAAAACAAUACCCAAGAUCAGAGCUACUCAGUUUGAUAUUAUUAAGUACAUGAGACCUGAUUUAAUCACUAGCUGUCUUGUUUUUGCUAUUUCAACAGGAAAUUGGACAAUUAAACGUUUUAGAAUGGAGAGGCUUGGUGUAACCCAAGUAUUGUCAAGGUUAAGUUACAUUUCGGCAUUGGGUAUGAUGACUCGUGUAAACUCCCAGUUUGAGUCCACACGGAAGGUGUCCGGACCCCGAUCUUUACAACCCAGCCAGUGGGGUAUGCUAUGUCCCAGCGAUACUCCAGAAGGAGAGGCCUGUGGUUUGGUAAAAAAUUUGGCGCUAAUGACGCAUAUCACUACUGACAUUGAUGAAUAUCCUCUGAUAAGGCUGGCCAGUAAUGGUGGGAUGCAAGAUAUCAAUAUGGUAGCCAGUAUAGCCAUACAUCAACCUUCAGCGUUUUUGGUUUUUCUGAACGGUAAUAUUUUGGGGGUGACGCGAAACUAUGUCAAACUGAUUAGAGUGUUUAGGCUAAUGCGGCGAAGAGGCAAGAUAUCUGGUUAUGUUUCCAUCUAUCCCAGUUAUCUGCACAAAUGCGUCUACAUUAGUGCGGAUGGAGGAAGGUUAUGUAGGCCAUAUAUUAUAGUUCAAAAUGGAGAACCGUUAGUGACCAACAGACACAUGGUUGAAUUGGAAAAGGGUAUAAGAACUUUUGAAGAUUUUCUUCAUGACGGUUUGAUUGAAUUUCUGGACGUGAAUGAAGAAAAUGAUAGCUAUAUUGCUUGUUACGAAAAAGACAUUACGGAUCAAACAACCCAUUUAGAAAUAGCCACAUUUACAUUGCUAGGUGUGUGUGCAGGACUGGUGCCUUAUCCACAUCACAACCAAUCACCAAGGAAUACCUAUCAAUGCGCCAUGGGCAAGCAGGCGAUGGGAACGAUUGGCUACAAUCAAAAGAACCGUAUGGAUACCCUUCUGUAUAACCUCGUCUACCCCCACGCUCCGAUGGUGAAAACCAAGUCGAUCGAACUAACCAAUUUUGACAAACUUCCAGCUGGUCAAAACGCAACUAUUGCUGUGAUGAGCUACAGCGGUUAUGAUAUUGAAGACGCCUUAAUUUUAAAUAAAGCGUCCAUUGAUAGGGGUUUCGGCAGAUGUUUAGUGUACAAAAAUAACAAAUGCAUAAUGAAAAGGUACCCCAAUCAGACUUUUGAUAGAAUUCAGGGGCCUCUGCUAGACGCUACAACAAAUCAACAGAUUUUUAGGCACAGCUGCCUUGAUAAUGACGGAAUCGCAGCCCCCGGAGAAAUGAUUCAAGGCAAACAGGUUCUGGUAAACAAGUCGGUACCCUGUGCGUCUUCAGUACCGGGCAGCGCAAACACAUCAAUUGAAUACAAGGAAACACCUUUGAGCUACAGGACCAACGAACCAAGUUACAUAGAAAAAGUUUUAUUAACAACCAACGAAGAAGACACCACUCUAAUAAAAAUAUUGUUGAGACAAACCAGGAGACCGGAAAUUGGCGAUAAAUUCAGUUCCAGGCAUGGACAAAAGGGCGUUGUGGGAUUAAUUGUAGAACAAGAGGAUAUGCCUUUCAAUGAAUAUGGGAUAUGCCCGGAUAUUAUUAUGAACCCGCAUGGUUAUCCGUCUCGUAUGACGGUCGGAAAACUGAUAGAACUAUUGGCCGGCAAAGCCGGUACAGUCGAAGGCAAAUUUCAUUACGGGACAGCAUUUGGUGGGUCAAAAGUCGAAGACGUCAGCGAGGAAUUGGCGAAACACGGCUAUAAUUAUCAAGGCAAAGAUGUGUUUUAUUCUGGAAUUACGGGCGAACCCCUAGAAGCUUAUAUUUAUUCGGGCCCCGUAUAUUAUCAGAAGCUGAAGCAUAUGGUACAGGACAAAAUACAUGCCAGGGGUCGCGGUCCUAGAGCGGUGCUUACCAGACAGCCGACCGAGGGUCGAAGCCGUGAUGGCGGUCUCAGACUGGGUGAAAUGGAACGCGAUUGUCUUAUUGGCUACGGAGCAAGUAUGAUGCUGGUAGAACGUUUGAUGGUUUCCAGCGAUCAGUGCGAGGUCGACGUGUGCAACAAAUGCGGCAGACUUGGUUAUUGCAGCUGGUGCAAUAGUUGCAAAAGUUCCGCCCAGGUUUCAGCAAUAACGAUGCCCUAUGCCUGUAAGUUGCUCUUAACAGAGUUGCAGGCGAUGAACAUCACAGCAAGAUUAACACUGAGUCCUUAUUGCAGUUAGCAUUAAUAUGAUUGAAGUGUUGUUUACCCUUCAUUAAUGUUUGUUUAUAUAAACUAAAAAGAUGACAGAACUGGUUCUUAAAUUCUUUUUUAACCUGUGACCUGUGAUGGGGUGCUGAUAUAAAAAUUCU